AUGCAGCUGUGGGAACAGUUUGGUGAGGCCAUGGAGAACAACUUCCGGACAGCUUUGAAGAGAUUCUGGACCACCAUCUGGCGUUUCAGGAGGGGGAAGCAGUGCAUCGGACGCCUCCCUGGUAAGGUCUAUGCAGAGGUACUGGAGAGGAGGGUCCGUCGGAUAGUCAAACCUCGGAUUAAGGAGGAGCAGUGUGGUUUUCGUCCAGGCCAUGGAAAUGCAUUCGACCGUGUCCCUCUGGGAAUCCUGUUGGGGGUUCUCCAGGAGUACGGGGUAUUGGACCCCCUGAUACGGGCCUUCCAUUCCCUGUAUGACUGGUGUCAGAGCUUGACCGUGACCUCCAACUCUGACUGGAUUGGUUCGCCACUGAGUGUGAAGUGGAUGAGAAUCAGCACCUCCAAAUCCGAGUCCAUGGUCCUCAGCAGGAAAAAGGUGGAGUGCACUUUUCGGGAUCCUCAAAUCAGCUCCAUGAAUUCCUCGUCAUACAGCUAUAAUGUGUCCAGUGGUCUAAAUUAUAAAGAUGCUUCAAGUGCAGCUGUGGUCAAAAAUGUGAUUGUUGUGGCUCUUGGUCUUACCAUCAACUAUAUCAAUAGUACUCUGAUUCACACCUUCAGAAAACACCAGAUACUUUAUGUGAAUCCUCGUUACAUCUUAUUCAUCCACCUGGUGUUGAAUGAUAUAAUCCAGCUCACUACAACAAUCAGCCUGUUUGUCCUUAGUUAUGCCUUCUACAGAUUUAAUGCUUCUCUCUGUUGCCUCAUUAUUACACUUGCUGUUUUCACCACCCUCAACACCCCAUUAAAUUUAGCAGUCAUGGCAGUGGAGUGCUACAUUGCUAUUUGUUUACCACUGCGACAUGCUGAGCUCUGUACCAUCAAAAGGACAUAUAUUCUGAUUGGUUGGAUCUGGGCCAUGAGUGCAGCCUCAACACUGCCGGAUGUGUUCAUUAUUCUUGCAACAGAGCCUUCAGAGUUUUUUUAUUCAAUCAUUUUCUGUGAGAGAGAUAACUUAUUCCAUCACCCUAUAAGUUUAAACAAGAGGGAUGUGUCAUACAUACUUUUCCUUGUUGGUGUUUGGCUCACUCUUUUCUACACUUAUUUCAAGAUUUUCUUUGCUGCUAAAGCAGCUAAAGAAGCUAAAGAAGCUAAAUCAUCUGAGGGAGGUGCAAAGAAGGCCAGGAAUACAAUCUUGCUGCAUGGCUUUCAGCUGAUCUUGUGUAUGCUAACCUAUGUAGCUCCUCCGUUGAAAAAGGCUCUGUUGUACUGGUUCCCUAAAUAUUAUGUACACGCACGCUUUGCUUCCUACAUCAUAAUUCAGAUGCUCCCCAGGUUUGUCAGUCCUAUUGUGUACGGGCUACGAGACAAGACUUUUAGACAGCACUUGAAAAAGUAUCUGCUGUGUUCAGUGUGA